AUGUCCAAGGGGAGUAUUGUUGAUCCACGAGUGAGGAUUGUGGCAUCCAAGAAGCUCUGUGAUUACGUGCAAAAGCACUUGGGGUGUGAGAAGAAUCUUCCGGAGAGUUUUGCAAAGAUUUGCGGGAAGAUUUCCAAGGCAUCCCUUGAGGAGAACAACGUGGAAUAUCCCAGAGUUGCCUUCACGGAGGAAGAGAAGAAACUCCUCGUGGAGGCUGAGAAGGUAAUUACUGAAGAUGCCCAAGAAUCCGGGAAGGAACCUCAAAAGCCAAAGAAGGAACAAAUCCUCACGGUUCAGGAUGUAAAAUGGCUCAACAGGGUGUUGCAGGAGAAACGGAAGGAGGAAGGAAUAGAAGUUUACCUGCACGAGCUUCUGGAACACUCAACAAUCCUCCUGCCGGAAAACUCCGUAAUUGAGCGCAAUCCAGAGCUGGAGAAGCGCUGUGAGGCACUGAGGAAGGAGCAGGAGAAUAAGGUGUACCGGAAGAUGACGAGAAAUGUGGAAAAUCCCAAAAAUGUUCCCUACGAAGACACCAUUUCCUACCAAAUUAAGCAAAUCAACAAACAACUCAUUGCCGUGGCACAAUUCAUCUUUUCCGUCAUUGCGGGCUUUGUCUUUGGCUUCCUCGGGAUUCAGCUUAUUGUUGGGAAUCUCGAUUUUGGUUUCCGGCUCCUUCUGGGCAUUAUGUUUGCCCUCAUUAUUGCCCUGGCGGAGAUUUACUUUCUCGCGAAGAAGCUCAAUGAGAAUGCGGAUGAAUUCAAGGUUGAUAAAUCCCCAGAACACCGGAAGACUGCCCCCAGUACUCCGGAAAAAACAUCAGGAGGGGAGAAAGAGCACAGAGAUUGA